CCCGCAGCCAGCCGCGGGGAUCUCGAGGGGCGAGGGCACCGCCGGGGCAGGGGAUCGGAGCGCCGCGCGCAGCCCCUUCCCGCCCCGCUGCACCAUGAGCUGGGGCACCGAGCUCUGGGAUCAGUUUGACAACUUAGAAAAACACACACAGUGGGGAAUUGAUAUUUUGGAAAAAUACAUCAAGUUUGUCAAGGAAAGGACUGAAAUUGAACUCAGCUAUGCGAAGCAGCUCAGGAAUCUUUCGAAGAAGUACCAGCCUAAGAAGAACUCAAAGGAGGAAGAAGAGUACAAGUACACGUCCUGUAAAGCUUUUCUUUCCACCCUAAACGAGAUGAACGACUAUGCUGGGCAGCACGAAGUCAUCUCCGAGAACAUGACGUCUCAGAUCAUGGUGGAGCUGGCGCGCUACGUGCAGGAACUGAAGCAGGAGAGAAAAUCGAACUUUCAUGAUGGACGCAAAGCCCAGCAGCACAUAGAGACCUGCUGGAAGCAGCUGGAGUCGAGCAAGAGACGCUUUGAGCGGGACUGCAAGGAGGCCGACCGCGCCCAGCAGUACUUCGAGAAGAUGGACGCUGACAUCAACGUCACCAAAGCAGAUGUUGAAAAGGCACGACAGCAAGCUCAACUACGUCACCAAAUGGCAGAGGACAGCAAGGCAGAUUACUCUUCCAUCCUCCAGAAAUUCAACCGCGAGCAGCGCGAGUACUACCACAGCCACAUCCCCCACAUCUUCCAGAAAAUCCAAGAGAUGGAGGAAAGGAGGGUCGUGAGGAUUGGAGAGUCGAUGAAGACCUACGCAGAGCUUGACCGCCAGGUGAUCCCCAUCAUUGGGAAAUGCCUGGACGGCAUAGUAAAGGCAGCUGAGUCCAUCGAUCAGAAAAGUGACUCGCAGCUGGUCAUAGAAGCCUAUAAGUCAGGAUUCGAGCCUCCCGGGGACAUCGAAUUUGAGGAUUACGCCCAGCCUAUGAAGCGCACCGUGUCAGACAACAGCCUUUCCAAUUCCAGAGAAGGCAAGCCUGAGCUCAAGUUUGGUGGCAAGUCCAAAGGAAAGCUGUGGCCCUUCAUCAAGAAAAAUAAGCUUAUGUCCCUUUUAACAUCCCCCCAUCAGCCUCCCCCUCCUCCCCCUGCCUCUGCCUCACCCUCUGCUGUUCCCAACGGCCCCCAGUCUCCCAAGCAGCAAAAGGAACCCCUCUCCCAUCGCUUCAACGAGUUCAUGACCUCCAAACCCAAAAUCCAGUGCUUCAGGAGCCUAAAGCGUGGGCUUUCUCUCAAGCUGGGGGCUGCUCCAGAGGACUUCAGCAACCUCCCACCCGAGCAGAGGAGGAAGAAGCUCCAGCAGAAAGUCCAUGAGCUCAAUAAGGAGAUCCAGAAGGAGAUGGAUCAAAGAGAUGCCAUCACCAAAAUGAAAGACGUGUAUCUAAAGAACCCUCAGAUGGGAGACCCUGCCAGCCUGGACCACAAGCUCGCCGAAGCCACCCAGACCAUAGAAAAACUACGGCUGGAGACUCAGAAAUUUGAGGCCUGGCUGGCUGAGGUGGAAGGCAGGCUCCCAGCUCGGAGUGAGCAGACACGCAGGCAGAGCGGCAUGUACGACGGUCAGAUGCCCACGACGGUCACUAACUGCGCCCAGGACCGGGAGAGCAGCCCAGAUGGCAGUUACACGGAGGAGCAAAGCCAGGAGAGCGAGGUCAAGGUGCUAGCCACGGACUUCGAUGAUGAGUUCGACGACGAGGAGCCGCUUCCCGCCAUAGGGACCUGCAAGGCCCUCUACACGUUUGAAGGUCAGAAUGAAGGCACCAUCUCCGUCAUGGAAGGAGAGACGCUGUGUGUGAUUGAGGAAGACAAAGGCGACGGGUGGACCCGCAUCCGCAGAAACGAAGAUGAGGAGGGUUACGUCCCCACUUCCUAUGUCGAAGUCUAUUUGGACAAAAAUGCCAAAGAUUCCUAACGGUGGCGCACACAUGGCCAGAGUCCCAGCGAACCUCCCCACGAGCCACCGUCAGAUCAGUCUGGUCUGCUUGUGCCCAGGGGCCUCCAGCACCACCCCUGGCUGGCUGGGUGCCUCUGAUCUACCUGCAGCCUGGUCCCCAUGCUCUGCAUCCUCUUCUCUUUACAGCUACUGUGGCCCCAGCAUUCCCGCGGCCCCAGCAUUCCCGCAGCCCGCGGCCCACUCGUGUCUGUCUCUUAGCCCCACAGAGGGGUUGGCCUAAUCUCCAGCCCCCACCCACACAGGCCACAAAGACAGCUGGACUCUCGCCCACAUCUCCCCGCUCCUUCCUGGCUCCCAGUCCACCCGCGGCUCGCUUGGCCGGUCCUUGCACAUUUCACACUGUGCCUUUUGUGAUCCGUCGCCCCUGAUCUCCUGGGUGACUACCAGAAUCUGGACAAGGAGGGCCAGCCUGCUCUGGGUGGACUGAGUGCCACAUGUCAUCAGUAUGUCCUUGGGGACUAGUCAGCAGAUGCUUCCUUCUUUGCUGGGUCUGCUGAGGAGCCUUCCUGGUCACUGGCUCCAACAGCUCAGCGCUGACCCGUUCUGCACUCUCCACCCCCACUACCCAUCCCCCGUUUGUCUCCGAACCCUGUCUGCAGUGACUCAGGUAGGUCUACAGUAGAAGUCCCAAUUCCAGCUUGUGAGACAGCCCGCUGUCUUGCCCGUGUCACCUGUCAUGAGGAACAUUCUGGACCAUCCUGCCCUGCCAUCCACCCUCCUUGUGAACACCUGACCGAGAGCCUUGCCUCCACGUGCACACUCAUUCCUGUAAGGUGGACAAGCAUUUGAGGACCUUAGCUCAUUCCUCACCAAAGACCUGGUGCCUCCUGCGGUCCCUCUAGUGACCCUAUGGCCACCAUUUCUGCAUUUGGUCCCUCGUGCUGCAAGCCCUGUGGAAUGGAUAGAGUUUGCUUUUGGGACUCAGUUUCCUUCCUCCAAUAACAGAUCUUUAAGGGAAAAACGAAGGUCACGUCUGUGGCCACUCACGCCUUAGAGAUGUGCAACUUCUCUCCUCAUGGGUGCAGAAAUGGUCCCAAGAAAGACAUGGCCGUAAGUCUCGGCGAAGGCACCCCUCAGGCCCUGGGGGCGAGAGCAGGCAUUUUAGUCUUCUGCUGGGCACUUGGGAACUAGGUGGUCGCCUCAUGCAUCCUUGGUUUCUCUUGAUGUUUGUGGAUCUAAGACAGUGGAGUCUUACAAGAGCCCAGAGGGGCACAGACAAGGACAGGAAGGACCGGUCCUAAAAGUUAGGCCUUUGUUCGUGGUUCCUGGAAAUUCAAACGCCACUCCCUCAGCAAACCAGGGUUGACCACACACCAUCCCCCCAGCAGCUCUGUCAACCUUCGGGGAGCAGAGGCAAAGUGUGUGACCACUUGACAAGGAAGUGUGUUCCGGUUCCAAAAGCAAGCCAGUGUGAGCCUUCUCGUUCUCCCAGGGAGGUGAAGUCUAGGUCCUGCAAACUGGUCUCUGGGGGCUCCUCAGGGCUGUUCCAUGAGCCAGGGCUUCUGUUCUCUGCAGUGGGUGGCCCAAAGGCCACAUCCUCAGCAGUUACUUGAGGACAGCUUGGCACAUGAAAUAAAUGGAAGCCCUGUGCCCAACGGGUAGCAUUUUCGGAGUCUCCCCUCUGGCCCUGUAGACCAGCUGGUCCUCGGGAUAAUCCUGCUUGUCGUCCUGGCAGCUCCAUGCAGGCCACUCCAGAACCCCUGAACUUCACCGAGUUCGGCUGACCACCAUCCACUCCACGUGGAUGCCAGACAGUUUUUAAAAUGUGCUUUCAGAACCUCGGUACUGCAUGUGCGCUGCAUUUUCCAUUUUAUGGGUCAGGAUAGAGUCACUUCUUGUCACAUAGGUAAAAAGGAUACCCCACAGCACUCCAUUUUCCCUUGACUGUUAAGGCCAAUAUAGGGGUGUGCUUGUAGCUUCCUAUAUCCCUGUGCUUCUCUUUUAACCGUUUAUACCACCUCCAGAAAGACUGGGUGUUUCAAAUGCCGCCCCCCCUUCCUGGCCAUGGUGGCGGGUAGAAGGAGCAGGGCAGGCCUGUGGGACUGACCAUCAUCUAGUGCCCAUGUGGAGAUCUGCUCUGGGAAUCCUACUGUGAAACUGUCCUGUCAGGGUGGCUCCCCGCGAUGGGAACAUGGAUUUCCCAGGAGCUCCUCACUCAGUCCUCCCCAGGACCCACUGCCUGUCAUUUCUCCAUCACUGAUAGAAUACUGUGUGGUAAGAAUGACUCAUUCUAAAAACAAGCAAAAAAGUCCUGAAAAUGACUUAAGACAAAAUAAAGGAGGGGAAGUUGUCAUUUAUCCUUUUUUUUUUUUUUUUUUCCUUUGCAGGAUGAAAAAGGGGGAAAACUGUUUGUUUUGUUUUGUUUUGUUUUAAGGCAUGCCAAACUAUAAUGGGACUUUUCACUGAGAUGGUUACUGUCAGGUCAGGAGUGACCCAUCGCCCAUCCAACCAACACAGUGCAGAGGCCUCUAAUAACCUUUUGGUGACAUCUGUCAUUAUAGUAGAAUGUUUACACAACAUAAAAAGUUCUGUUUAUGACAGGAUUUUUAAAGAAAUUAAGGUUUUGUGUUUCUUACUGGCUCUGUUUUCUGUGCUUGUAACAUCUAAAACUUUAAUAUUGGUCCAAAAUUCUGUUUUAACCUGACGUUGAGCACCUUUAAAUGCACGUGUGUGCGCGCGUGCACACACGCAUGUGUUGUGCACAUGUACAUGUUGCACUAAUCCUAAACUUUGGGGCAUCCCAGUGUUGGAAAGGCCCAUUGUGGCUAUAAGGUCCUAGACUUGCCCAUUUCUGUCUGGAGGUGGAAUUAAACCAAAUAAAGUGCUUCCACUGGAAGGCUUAUAUCGACCUUGUAAUUAUAUGUUAAUCCUCUAAAUGUUAAAUAAAAUAUAACUUCGGGUGUA